AACUUAAAACUCUAAAAUCUCUCACUAAAACAAGAAGAACGAAAUUAAAAUUUUCAAAAGCUGAAAACUCCUCAUUUUACUAUUUCAUCACCCAUGGACGAAGCUCAAGAAAUUCUCAUCAAUUCACUUGAGAACUCAGGUAUUUCUCUCCCAGCUGGAGUUUUCAAGAUCAAAGACCUUACAGAAACUGCGUUGGUUUCGAUCUGUUCUCAGUCUCUUCGUCAGAUCGACAAUUCUCUGUUGUUUCCUACCUCAUUACCGGACUCUAUGGCGGAAAGGUUUAAGAUAUGUUCAGAAAUCUCUUCUGCUGUGAAAAAAUUAGGGUAUAGAGGAGAUAUGAGCUUCAAUCAGUUCCUGUAUCCUUCUGAAGAGGACUCCUAUAAGUUGGUCAGAUUUUUGGUAGAUAAGCUGUCUGAGAUAUCAGAAGGUGGAAAAGAAGCUGACUUGAAUGAGCCCGUUGCUAGUUUGGUCGUGGAACCAAGAGUGAAAGAAGAGGUCCGAGAGUCCUCAAGUACCGUUAGUGAUGAGGUUAUUAUCAAUGAUCCACUUGAUGCUUCUUUACCUCUGCAGCGGAAUAAUGAGCCUGCUAUUGCAAGUUUAUCAAAAUCAGAAUCACUUGAAUCAAAUGCGGAAGAUGCUGGAUACGAAAAAGAGGGGGAAAUUAUGGAGAACUCCUCAGAGAUAAUCAAGGCGGCUGCUGAUUCACCACCUCAAGUAAAUGAUAGUACUACGAAACUUAAGCAGAAACUGGCCUCUCUACAAGCGUCAUCAUCCAGGUUAAAAAGUAGCAUCAAAGAGUUACGAAGCCAAGAAACGAUGCUGCAGAAGGAAGUGGCAGAGAAAACUUCAGAAUCUCAUCUUUUAGAGGUGGACAACGAGUUGUUGAAAUGGGCAAUAAGAAUGACAUCAGAUGAGCAGCAUCCUUUGGACUUCCAUAUUGAAGACCUAACUAGACAAUUAGAAUCGAGAAGGCAGUCUCUCUUGCAGUUGGAGGCGCAAUGCGAUGCAGUUGAAAAAUCUUUCUCGGAGAAAAAAAGAAGCCUCGAGGAAUCACGUAGCAUGCAAAAUCCAGAAGUGCUGGAAAAACUUCAUAAGGUGCAUGAAAUCGAGCCUGAAACAGAGGCAAUCAGAUCUGAAAUUAAAAAGAGAGAGGAAGAACUUUCCAGACUUACAGUGGAGCUUAAGAGCCAACCCAAAGGUGCGUCAAGAAAAUCCUAUAUUCAGAGGAUAACAGAGAUUACUAAAAACAGCAGGAAACAAGAUGCAGACAUUGAGCGCAUCUUGAAAGAAACACGUGAGCUUCAGUUGGAGAGCAACUCCAUUCAAGACCGUCUUCAUCGAACUUUCACCGUAGUUGAUGAGACUGUGUUCAGGGAUGCAAAGAAAGACCCAGUUAGGCGGCAAGCUUAUUUGCUACUGACUAGCAUCCACGAGAGUUUUGAUUUGUUAUCCCAGAAAAUCCUAGCAACUGAUAGAGCAAGAAGAGCAGUAACUGAACAAGAAGCAAAGCUUGCAAAGAUGGCCUCUAACAGUUUAAACAUGUACAAGCUGCAAGCAGAUCUUGAAGCCAUCAGGAGGGAAAAUGAGUUCCUAGAACAACAGCAACCGCUCAGAGAUGCAUAAACUGCACAUCUAUUGUGAAUUUAUUUCUUUAUUGCAUAAUGUAAUACUUAAUAAGUACUUGUCAAUCAUCAGUACAUAAGCUACAGCAUGCCAAAGCAUUACAACCUUAAGUUGUAAACUUGUAGAUUUUUACCCUCGAGCCAGUACAGUAAAAUCUGCUCAUA